UAAUUAAAAAUUAAAUAAAUAAAGUCAAUCAAAGCUAUUUCCCCUGAACUAUUACUUGUAUAUAUAAUUAUAUAUAAUUUUUAUGUGAUUUAUAAAGAGAGAAAGGAGAGUAUAUAUUUAUUUAUUAUGUGUUGAUUUGAACUAAAGACAAGGCGCCUUCUUAAGGCUAAUCCUUUCUGUCAUUUUGCUUCACUUUUAAAGAAGGGUGUGGUUUCUAGGGGAGAAUUAAGAAAUACAGAAGAUCAGAAGGAGAAAUUAUAAUAGUAGUGGCAAGGAAGAAACAAAAGAGAGAGAAAGAAGGAAAGAGGCGAGAAAAUAAUGAUGGUCAUGGAAGAAUUUGAGGCCUUGGGUUGGUUCGUUUGAUAUUAUUUGUGUUUCUUCAUCUUCAGAGGCCUGUUAGAUUUGGUGGGGUUGAGAAACUGAUAUGGAUUUUACAGAAUCGACCAAAGUUGUGUACAAUAGAAUCCAACAGCUAGAGCCUGAAAAUGUCUCUAAAAUUAUUGGCUAUCUUCUUUUACAAGACCAUGGGGAUCAGGACAUGAUCCGCUUGGCCUUUGGCCCUGAUGCUUUGCUCCACUCUUUGAUCCACAAAGCCAAAUCUGAACUCAGCUUAAACAAAGCAGCUGUUUCUGUGCCAAUCUCACCCUCUCAGGUGAGCGCAACCCCUGUCACCGAUCUCCCUAUGCAGUUCACACCUUAUUCACCUGCUUCAUCACGCACAGUUUCAACUCCUGCAACUAUAAGAGCUGCAACUCCUUUCUGGGAUCCCCAUGUGACUGCUGAUCAACAUGUCAACAAUUUGGGAUUUGUCCCACCAGGGUACUCAGAUGCUGUUGCUGAAGAUUAUCGCCUCCAAAACCAAAUGCGUUUCUUGAAUAGGGAAGAUCAGUUAGAAUCUGCCAAUUCAGUUAGUUCUGACUUUUUGAGUAAUUGCUAUUAUUCAGAACCUGUAUUGGGUGGAAGAACCAGCCGGAGGUCCCCAAGCUUGCCUGAAUUUCCUAUUAAGAUUUGCCAUUACUUCAUCAAGGGGUUCUGUAAGCAUGGAAAUAAUUGUAGGUAUUUCCAUGGCCAUCCUAUGCCAGAGAGCUUUUCUCAGAUUUUCAGCCCAAAUUCGAAUGAGGUUGGGAACGAUGAUCAUGUAGUCUCUCCCGGGGCUCUUGAAAAGCUAGAAUUGGAGCUAACUGAGCUUCUUAAAGCAAGGAGAGGGUUGCCUGUCUCUAUUGCCUCUUUGCCAAUGUUGUACUAUGAGAAGUAUGGGAGGACACUUCAGGCUGAGGGGUAUCUUACAGAGAGCCAAAGACAUGGUAAGGCUGGUUAUAGUCUGACAAAACUUCUUGCUCGAUUGAAGAACAGCAUUCAUCUCAUUGACAGGCCUCAUGGGCAGCACUCAGUGACAUUGGCUGAAGAUGCUCCAAAGUACCCAGAGUAUGCAGGGGAGAGGAGUCAUCCUGGUGGAAUAGUUGCUGGUUCUCGGCAGAUAUAUCUCACCUUUCCAGCUGAGAGUACCUUUACGGAACAAGAUGUUUCCAACUACUUUAACAAAUUCGGACAUGUUCAAGAUGUCAGGAUUCCAUGCCAACAGAAGAGGAUGUUCGGGUUUGUCACUUUUGUUUACGCAGAGACAGUCAAGCAAAUUUUGGCUAAGGGAAAUCCUCAUUUUGUAUGUGGUGCUCGUGUUCUGGUGAAACCUUAUAGGGAAAAGUCAAGGCUUGUUGACAGGAAGUAUAUUGAGAAAGUACAGCAUCCUAUGUAUUACAGUUCACACUUUAUAGAUGGAGACACGGAGCUUCAAUCAAUGCCAAGAGUUUGCGAUAGUUCAAGAUUUUUUAGAGAGCAGCUUAUGGAGGAUCAUGAGCAUGCACUAGAGUUUGAGAGAAGGCGCUUCUCUGAGCUGCAAUUAGCACCCAAGCAACAUUUGAAUGAUCACUCCUAUUUUGGCUACUCAAUGGAUGAGCUGAAGCACACAGAUGCCUAUGCAGAGCAAGCAGAUUUUCCUUCUGCGGAGCGUUUCAACUAUUUGUUGGAUGUUCUGAAUACUGGUUCCACCAGUGAGGAAAAAGCCAGGCAUAUAAGUACCAACUAUAGUGACCAGGAUAGCAGCCAAGGACACAAUCUUCCAGAGAGCCCGUUUGCAUCUCCAAUAGGGAGUGGCAUUUCAACAGUUAUAUAGAGACUUAGACACAUGACAAUCAGGAAUCAUAGAGGUAGAUGACUGGAUUUCAACAACCGGAAUUUCUUUUUCAUCCUUUUUUAUUUAUUAGAUCUCAUGUCAACGUCAUCGGUCCUACAGCAUCGUCAUAGUUCAGAGAAACACUAGAAAUUCUCCAUUUCACUUCAAUGGAGAAGAUUCCAAAGAAAAAUGAAUAUAGAAAGCUAAUAUGUAACAGGGUCCAAGUCCUUUUCUUUUUGGAAAUAAUCACAGGAAGUCAGCCAGAGAGCUGUGGAUGUUUACUCUUUAGGAGAGAAUGCAAUCUAUAUAGUCUUCUCUUGGUUGAAAGAAGAAGUUAACAAGUAGAAAACAUGCAUGCAGAGUUCAUAAGAAAGAGAAGAUGUAGAAAUUUCAGCUACACUGAGUUAUUAUUAUAAAUAAAUUCUAAUUUUUAUAUAACUUGCACUUAUAAAGUUGCGUGCUUUGUUUUUAGAGUAUUAAAUUUUUAAUUUCAAUGACAGAUUAAAGUAUAAAACAAAAUUAUAAGAAGGAUAUUUCAAAACAUGUCUCUAAGUAUUGGUUUAGAUAAUUAAUAAGUAACUUUUUAUUUAAAAAGUAAUAUUUAAAUAAAAGAAAAGCCCUUAAAUUAUGGAAUUAAAGAUGAAUGAUGAUGACUGUUGUUGUGCGGUUGAUGAUUGUGGAUUGAUUCAAAAAAUUUUUUUUUAAAACAAAAGAAUUUUGGGCCACUUGAAUCAAAAAGGGCUUUUCCAUGUUGGUCAAUUUGUUUGUUGAAAUGAAAAUGAAGUUUCGUUUUGGGAACCAAUCAGAUUAAUUGACUUUAUGAUUAGUGAGGUUAGAAUUGCAUGUUCUUAAAGUGGGCUUGAUGGAUGAGAUAAGAUGUGUGGACCUGAUUUUUAUUUUUAUUCAAGAUUUGUGGACCCCACCGCAUCACUCUUCGUUUUCUUGAUGGAACGGCUCUUUGGUGCAUAUGGUCUCCAGUUAAAUGGAUUUUUAUUUAUUUAUUUAUUUAUUUUUACUUAAGUUUUGUCUCUAAUC